UGGAUCCGGAACAAAAUACCUUCUAUCGAAUAAUGAACAAAAUAUUUUAUUUAUGGGACGCACCGGUCGAAUAUUUCCGAGAAAAAAUCGUUGUACCAAAUCAGAAGAAAUAUCCAUGGUAUCAUCAAAAAUUUCGCAGAGUUCCAACAAUCGAUGAAUGUUACGAAUAUGACAUUGUUUGUAUUACAGAAGCGCAAUAUCAAUUUGAUCGUGAUAAGCUGGUUGAUGAUGAAAUUCUUAGUAUACUAAGACAACGAUACGAAGAUUGUGGAUGGUACUAUGGGGAAGACAAAGAUAAAUUUUGUACUGACUACUAUAAUGCUUAUAUAGAUGCAUCUGGUGCUUGGUUUACAAAAUAUGGAGACCUAGGUGGACAUCAAUCUGUAGUUGAGGCACUCAUGAAACAAAAACAUCGCAUGGUUUGGGAACGGCGUCAUGGUCCAGUCGGUAGUGGCAUAACUAAUAAAAAAUAUGCGAUAUAAAAUAUUAAUUCACGUUCAUACUACACAUCUCAGUUUGAAAUUAUAGCUGAGUUUGUAUCAUUACAUGAAUACAUACUCUAUAAAAGAUGAUAAAAUAAAUUAAUGUAUUAUAUUAUGAACUAUUGUACAAUGAAUAAAAAUAUAAAUGAU